GCCCGGAAGGCCGUGAGGGUAAUUGGGGAGUCCCAGCCAUGGCCGGCGUCUUCGACAUCGACCUGGAAACGGAGGAGGGGAGCGACGGGGAGGAGCCUGAACUGGGGGCCCUGGAAGUGGACCCAGAUCUUCGCAGCAAUGGCCCAGAGCUUGUCCCAGGAUGCUAUGAGGAGAUUGAAAUCUCUGAGAGCAUUGUCAACAAUGGCCUGGAGCGCAUUGGGCCCCACUGCUUUGAGCUGCUUCGUGUCCUGGGCAAGGGCGGCUAUGGAAAGGUGUUCCAGGUACGGAAGGUGCAAGGCACAAACGCUGGGAAAAUCUUUGCCAUGAAAGUCCUGAAGAAGGCGAAGAUUGCCUGCAAUGCCAAAGACACAGCCCACACAAAGGCUGAGAGAAAUAUCCUGGAGGCCAUCAAGCACCCGUUCAUUGUGGACCUCAUCUAUGCCUUCCAGACUGGUGGCAAGCUCUACCUCAUCCUGGAAUGCCUCAGCGGUGGGGAGCUCUUCAUGCAACUGGAGCGAGAAGGCAUCUUCCUGGAGGAUGCAGCCUGCUUCUAUCUGAGUGAGAUCACCCUGGCCCUUGGUCACCUCCACUCUAAUGGCAUCAUCUACCGGGAUCUCAAGCCUGAGAACAUCAUGCUAAACAGCCAGGGGCACAUUAAGCUGACAGACUUUGGGCUUUGCAAGGAAUCUAUCCAUGAUGGUGCUGUCACCCACACCUUUUGUGGCACCAUAGAGUACAUGGCCCCAGAGAUACUGAUGCGCAGCGGCCACAACCGGGCUGUGGACUGGUGGAGCCUUGGUGCUCUGAUGUACGACAUGCUCACUGGAUCGCCUCCAUUUACAGGUGAAAACCGAAAGAAGACCAUCGACAAAAUCCUGAAGGGAAAGGUGGUGUUUCCACCCUAUUUGACACCAGAUGCUCGUGACCUGAUCAAAAAGUUCCUUAAGAGGAAUCCCAGUCAGAGGAUUGGAGGUGGGCCUAACGAUGCUGCAGAUGUGCAGAGGCACCCGUUCUUCCGACAUAUUAACUGGGAUGAUUUGCUGGCCAGGAGAGUUGACCCACCCUUCCGUCCAUUACUGCAAUCAGAGGACGAUGUCAGUCAGUUUGACACUCGCUUCACACGCCAGACCCCUGUGGAUAGUCCUGACGACGGUGCCCUCAGCGAGAGUGCCAAUCAAGCUUUUCUGGGGUUUACCUAUGUAGCCCCAUCAGUGCUGGAGAGCAUCAAGGAGGGCUUUUCCUUCCAGCCCAAAGUGCGGUCUCCACGGCGCCUGAACAGCAGUCCCCGCACACCUGUCAGCCCGUUAAAGUUCUCACCCUUUGAGGCCUUCAAGCCAAGCACAACAGUGGAGCUGAUGGAGCUGUCGGCACCCCCCCUCACGCCUGUGCCAGAAGUUACCGCCCCACUGCCUAUCAAAACCCCAUCAGGUAGCAAGAGGAAGAAGAAAGGAGGCCGAGGCCGGGCACGGUAGCCGGCCAGCCGGAGCUGAUUGGACUGUUCACCUCGUGGAAUGGAGCCCUCUACUGGCUAGGAGGAGCUCAAGGUGUGCCCUGGGAAUGUGCAGCCUGGUUGGGGAGCCCCUUUCUCCCCCAUGGCAAGGGCUACUUUCCCUCUGGGCUUGAAGUGGCCGCAUGGCAUUGGUGCUUCCCCCAUUUGGGGAAUGUUCCCCACACAAGGUGCUUUAAUAAUGUGUGUAUGUCUGUAUGGGGAGAGUGCUGGGAAGAGAGGGAACUUGGGACAUCUGAAGGAGCUGUCCAGAGAUUCCUGCCUUGAGCUCCCAGCAUUGGCCUCCUUCAUUGGGGUGAGUGCAAGCUGGGGUGGGGAGGGCUUUGCUGUGCUGGCCCCCAGAGGGCAGAGGGCCUGCCUGACGCCCCUUGUUACUGUGGCUACCAGAUCUGUGCCCCUUCAAUGUUUCGAACUACGAAGCAAGGGUGGAAAAGAUCCUGCUGUUUGUGGAGUUGCGCCCUCCCCUCGAAGCUUCUUCGUGCAUCUACUUUUUCCAGCCUCCACCCAAGUGCCAAAAACUUCAGCGCCUUCCUUGUGUCUCCCUAAGCAGCCUUUGCAAGAGGAGCCCUCUUUGCCAGGGCUGCUAGUCUCACCUCUUCGUAUCCCAUGCCACGAACGAAUUCCAGCUGCUGCCGUGCCCGGCAGGCGGCCUGUAAGCACAGCUGCCGGGAAGUACAUGGAGUAUGACAGAUGCCACGACACACGGACAUACGCUUUAGUCGCCCCACC